AUCAAGGAUCUUUGGUAUGGAAGUGUGAGUUUUCUUCGGGACUAACGCGAGUUAGUUUGCGUGUCUGUUUCAUCCGUUAAAAUAGAGACGGCAAAGAGUUCGGGGUCAUGGAGAGAGGCCUCGUGAAAACCAUGAAUCACUCCAGCCGGCGCGAGAGUGACUGGCAGGGUCUCGUGAGUGAGUUCCUGGUGUGUAAGCGUAAGCUGGAGAGUAAGAAGGAGGCUCUGCUGAUCCUGUCCAAAGAGCUGGACUGCUGCCAGCAGGAGAGAGACCAGUACAAGCUGAUGGCCAACACACUCCGCGAACGCCACCAGAACCUCAAGGAGAAAUACCACACACUCAUAGAUGGUGACCCCUCCCUGUCGCCAGAGAAACGGAACCAGGUGAGUUUGGCCCAGUUGUUGUUUGAGGCUCGCGAGCGCAAUCGUAAGCAGGGGGAGGAGCUACAGGACCUGAAACAGAGACUGACUGAGGCACAGGGAGACAACAAGUUGCUGAGGAUGAGCAUCACCAGGCAGCGUUUGGGUGAUGAGGAGGCAGGGAUCAGGCAUUUCCCCGCACACGAACGUGAACAGCUGGUUCGUCAGCUAGAGGAGGCGGGGUUACAGAGGGAGCAGCUGGACUACAGUGUGAAGUGUGUGUCUGACGAGCUGGUGGAUGUGUGUGCGGAGCGGGAUGUGUUCAGAGAGAAGGCCGAGCGACUCAACAUGGAACUCAACCGCAUCCUGAGUGGACAUGACUCGCGCAUCAUCGAUGUGGACACCCUCUGCACGGACAACAGGUAUCUUCAGGAGCGUCUCAAGCAGGUGCAAGAGGAAGUCACCCUUUUAAAGUCCACCAUCAUGAAAUACAAGACUGCUUUGGAGCGGAUGAGAAGCCCUAAAGGAUGUGGGAAGUCGGGCAGCACUUUGACUAAUGUCCUGACAACUAGACAAGUUCAGGAGCUGCUGUGUGAGGAGGGGGGGUAUAGUCUUCCUGCGACUCCUCAGUCCAUCAGAGAUCUGAAGAGUGUUGCAUCUGCACUGCUGGAGGCCAUCCAGGAGAAGAGUCUUGUUAUCACACACCACCGACAAACCAACAAGAUUCUGGGAAACCGAGUUGCAGAGCUGGAGAAGAAGCUCAAGACACUGGAGGUCUCUGGAUUCUGGAGUCUCCCAGUAGGAAGGGAUGCCAUCACCUUGAGUGACAACCUUCGUCCUGCCUCUCUGCUUCAACCAGAGUCCUGCCCUGCCUCUAGAGACCAGCCAAUCAUGGAGACAACAGGAAGUGAAGGGGAAUCGCCAUGGAGACCAAGGUCAGCUGAUGAUUCAUGCCCUGCUCUGGGUCAGGGGGCGGAGUCAGAGCUGGGUCAGAGAGCAGCAUCAGUGACUGACAUGCAGGAGGGAGGGGCUUGCCUGGCAACACCCCUAGUGGAGGAGGAGACGCAUGAGCCAGUGGAGGAGUGUGGCCAGCGUUCUUUAGAGGAGGAGCCAAGCCUCGACUUGGGGGAAGGGUCUAGUCUGGAAACUCCUGAAUGCCAGGAGGAGGCGGUCCCAGAGCUACUCGGAGGAGGGGCCUACGAUGUGAACACGCCCUCUGGAGGAGGGGCUCUAUCUGAGGAAACAGUCAUGGAGGGAGGGGCCACAGACAAGGAUACACCCAUUGAAGGAGGGGCUACAGAUAUCAACACAUCCACGGUGGGAGGGGUCAAGGACAUGGACACACCCCGUGAAGGAGGGGUCAAGGACAUGGACACACCCACAGAGGGAGGGGCCAAGGACAUGGACACACUCGUUGAGGGAGGUGUCCGGUACAUGGACACACCCAGCGGAGGAGGGGCCAAUACCAUAGACUCACCCACAGAGGGAGGGCUCAGGUACAUGGGCACACCCAUUGAGGGAGGGGUCAAGGACAUGGGCACACCCAUUGAGGGAGGGGCCAAGGACAUGGACACUUGUUGAUGUGAUUGUCCAGCAGAGAGGUCAUUGUGCUCUCACUUCACACAGGGGAGGCUCGUCCAUAGAGGAGGAAGGACAAUACUCACAAACUUACACACACACACACACACACACACUCAUGACCUUGAGGAAAGGGAGGACAAUAGAGUUCACAAUAGAUCUUUCAAAAAUUUUGAACGCCAGUCUAUGGCGAAAAAUAAAUGAUUUUCUGGU